GGCAAAGACAUACCCAAGUGCAAAAUAUAAGGAGGUGGAGUGGACGUGCUCACUGCACUCACUGCUAUCACUGCAAUCACUGCAAAGGGGAACAAUUCAAAGCAGGGCUGCCAAAGGAGGAGGGUUCAAGCAGGAGAAAAGAAAGAAGGCAAAAGGAGGCAUGGCUAACGUCAUUCCUGAAAAGGUCAAGAAAUUAUGGGAUGAAUGGAAUCUCCGGGGUUCCAUUCUUUUCAGUCUUUUCCUCCAGAUAUUGUUAAUUUUUUGUGCGCCAACGCGAAAGCGGAGAGGAAACACAUUUGUGACCCUCAUUAUCUGGUCAGCCUACUUGCUGGCCGACUGGGUGGCAGCCUUUGCAGUGGGUCUUAUUGCCAACAGCCAAAAUGACAUGAAAAACAAAUGUGAGAUGCCAGUUCAAACCGAGGACCUUCUGGCUUUGUGGGCUCCUUUUCUACUGCUACACCUUGGUGGCCCUGAUGCCAUCACUGCUUUCUCCCUCGAAGAUAAUGAGCUCUGGAUCAGGCAUUUGUUCGGGCUCCUUAUCCAGCUUAUUGCCGUUGGUUAUGUCAUCCUACAGGCUCUCCCAAGUGAGCUCUGGAUCCCAACAAGCCUUAUGUUAUUGGCUGGGAUUAUCAAAUAUGCUGAGCGGACUCGUGCUUUGUAUUUGGGGUGCUUGGGUAAUUUCAAGGCCAGCAUGCUUCCACCUGCUGACGCUGGUCCAAACUAUGCUCAACUCAUGGAGGAAUACACCUCAAAGAAGAUUGCCCAUGUUCCGGCUGAUAUUAAGAUAGAGAAAGAAUUUGGAGGCGGAGCUUCUGCAGAUUAUGCUGUUCGAGUUGAGCGCCUUUCCGACCUUGAUGUGGUGGAAGGUGGGUUCAAAUAUUUCAAUAUUUUUAAGGGUCUGAUUGUCGACCUCAUGUUUACCUUCCAAGAGCGGAAGGAUAGUCGAAGGUACUUCUUCGCAAGAAAUACAGAAGAUGCCUUCAAAGUGUUGGAAGUUGAACUCAAUUUCAUGUACGAUGCCCUCUACACCAAGAUGGUUGUGGUGAAUGGGAAUAUCGGCUACUUUCUCCGCUUCGUUUGCUCUACUUGCCUAGUGGCUUCCUUGGAGCGAUUUGCAGCUCAUCAUAAGCAGAAAAAUGGUGGGCAUCCGCCCAACCAGGGGAAAAUGCACCCCUUCGACGUUUAUGUUACCUAUGCCUUGCUCAUUGGUGCCAUCUGCCUGGACUCUAUAGCUGUCAUCAAGCUCAUUUUUUCUGACUGGACUAUAGUUCUACUCAGAUACCGUAGAGCCAAAGAGUUUCUUCUUAAAACACGUAAAAGACUCACCAUCUACAGAAUAGGCAGCUGGUCCAAAACUUUUGGUAGGAGGUGGUCCAAUUCUAUGUCACAGCACAGUUUGGUUCGUUACUGCCUGAAGGAGCGGUUCAAAUGGAUCGACGUAACUGUAGAUUGGUUUGGACUUAAGGAUAUUCUGGAUGAGAUUCAAUACAAAGAACACAUAAAGGUUCCAAAAGAUUUAAAAAUUUUUAUUUGCGAGGCGCUGAAGGAAAAGGCCAAGAAAGCAGAGGAUUCAAAAACUGCCAGGGAGAUAUGUUCAGGGCGAGGUGAUUGGGUUCUCUCACAGAGCGCUUGUCAGUCCCUGAUAUGGAGUGUUGAUGGUGAAUAUGAUGAGAUUCUUUUAUUGUGGCAUAUAGCUACUGAUCUCUGCUUUUAUGAAAUGCCGUCAUCAACACAUACAGACCCUGAAGUUGGACAUCAGCCAUCAAAAGAAGGAAGCUUUGAUAAUAGACGCGAGUUCAGUAAAUUCUUGUCAGACUACAUGCUAUAUCUUUUGGUCAUGAGGCCUACAAUGAUGUCUGCAGUGGCAGGUAUUGGGCAAAUUAGGUUUCGAGACACUUGUGAGGAAGCAAAGAAGUUUUUUCGCAGAAAGGAUAUCAUUUCUGGAGGAAAAUUUAAAGAAAGCUCUUUGUUGUCGUGGUUUAAGAAGUUUUCUUCUGAAAGAAAAAAAGAAUUGAUGCAGGAAAAAAUAUGGGAAGCCUGUGCAGCGCUACUUCUGAUAGAAACUGUUGUUAAGCCCAUUGAAGUGAAGGGUGAUAGAAGCAAAUCAGUGUUGUUUGACGCAUGUAUUCUUGCAAAGGAACUCAAAAAAUUGAACGAAAGGAAGAGGUGGAAGGUAAUGAGUGAAGUAUGGGUGGAAUUGUUGUCUUAUGCUGCAAGUCAUUGCAGAGCAAAUACUCAUGCCCAGCAGUUCAGCAAAGGUGGAGAACUUGUUACUUUUGUUUGGUUACUAAUGACCCAGUUAGGCUUGGGAGAUCAGUUCCGGGUAGAGGCUGGCCAUGCUAGAGCAAAACUGCUUGUGGAGAAGUAAAGGAAGACUUCAAACCAACUAAUGAUCCUCUGUUUUUUACUAUGUAUUAGACAUUUCUAUCUCUUAAUGCUUUCAGUUGAAUAAUCACCAAGUUCCAGUAGUAUGUCAUUUUCCUUUUGCAUCUGAUGCCCUUUUCUUUUCCAUGCCUUAACUCUUAACAAUGUUCACUGGAUGUGGCAAUUAUGCAUGUAACACAAACACAAGUCCACCUAUAGCAGUAAUUCAUGGAUUUUGCAGCUCA